AUGCUUGCCGCGACGUCGUUCGGGUGGGUGGCCAAGCAGAUCGACCUGCUGACGGGCGACAAGGCUCGAAGUGCGGUGAGCAUCGAGAACAUCAAGGCAAAGGGUUUGAAGUCGCUCCGUGAUAGCAUGGUAAAGUACAUCUGCAAUCGCGUCGCCGAAAAACGAUCAGCGGCGCCGACUUCAGGAGCCGACGGAUCCGCCGACUGUGCGAUUGAUGACGACGGCGCGGAAAGUCAGACGGCGCCCCAAGCAGCAGCUGCCGCCCAGCACCAGGUGGACUUGCCCGUGUCCGGAGGGGGCGACGCUGCGUUAGGUGCAGGAGGAGAAGGAGGCGACGCCGCGGCAGGGCGUGGACGGAAGGAAGAGGAUUCGGAGUCGUCGGAUUCGGAGUCGGAGGGGGAGGACGAGGACGAGGCCGAGGAGGAUGACGAAGUGGAGGAGGAGGGGAAGGACGAAAACGAUGAGGUGGUGGAGGUGGAGGAAGGGAAGGAAGAGGCGGUGAACGACGAGGAGGGGGUGGAGGCCGAGGUGCAGUACGAGCUGGAGUACGCAGACGGUACGGUUGUGGCGGUGGGGUCGGCGGAUGAAAAUAACGAGGAAGCGGAGGAUGGCGAUGCGGGUAAUGCUACGGCGUCGGCGGAUGGGGGGAAGGAAGAGGUCGGCGUGGAGGCAACGAAGGACGAGGGCCAGGAGCAGGCGGCCGGCGAUGGUGGGAAGGUGUCGGUCGACGCCGGUGAAGCGGCGAACAACGCAGGCCUGCAGGAGACGGAGGAAGCAUCUGGUCGGCAGGGCCCUGAACAGGUCGACGUCGAGGAACUGCGACGGGAGAACCUGUUGUUGAGGGCGGAGAACGCUCGGCUGGCGGCGUUGCUCGGCGAAGAGCAGGCUCGGCUGGACAGGUUCUUUGCUGGGUUGCAAGGACUCGUCGACCACCUGAAGGUGUUGGCGGUUCAGGUCCAGGACACCGACAAGUUUGCAGCGGAACAGCUGCGAAACGCGACAGAGGAGUUGUCGAAGACCAUCACGGGCAACAUCACCGGCAGCUUCGCCGAAGCGUGGAAGACCAUGAAGACCUUCGCGGAGCAGGCGACGGCGUGGUUGGAGGACUUCGACAACCCGGAUGGAAAUGCGGCAUAUCAACGCGCCUUAGCGGUCUCCGCCUUGGCCGACCACGUCGAUAAGGUUGUUGGCGCCGCGAAGAAGGGUUUGGAGGAGCACAUCACGAACAACCUAUCCGCCGCGCAGGUCAACAUCGCCACCGCUAUGACAUCCAGGAUCGCCGUGCAGCCGCCGCCACCGCCUCAGCCCACCCCGCCCGUCCUCCCGGGAGAGUUCUUGAAAUCGCUCAAGGCCGACAUCGUCAAGACGGUGACGGAGGCCACCCAGCAGUCGUUCGCGGCCUCCGGGAUGAAGAUGCUGACCGAGAUGAUCGGCACUAUGGCGCCUGGUCGACGUGGGUCGUCGCCGUCGGCCAAUGACGCCGAGCAAGCCCAAAGGAGAGCGGCCGUCAAGCAGGGCCAUAAGAGGACGGGCGACGGUGACGACAAGGAGAGCUCGAAGCGGAGCAAGGCAUCGGACGGGAGCCGCGGCUCGAAGCCUCCUGCACAGAGCGUGGUCGACCAGCUGAAGGAGAAGGCCGGGUGGAAGGUGUUAAGGACGUCGAACAGCAAGGGAGGCGGAAGCGGGGGGGCACCAGGUGGGCCUGCCGACGGGGUCGCCGCUAACGUCGCUGGACCGCCUGGCCCGCCUUCGGUCGCCGAGCAGACCCAUCCUCAGGCGGCCGGUGAGAAAGGCGUGAGCGACAAGGAGGUCCCUACUGCUCAGGCGGCGAAAGAUGGCGGCGCAGGAACCACCAAGGGACCGACCGUCGCGGUGGCGGCCAAGAGCAACGCGAAGGCCGCUUCUGCUACGGUCACCGGAACCUCCAAGUCGAAGGCUGCUUCUGCUACGGUCGCCGGAACCACCAACCCGAUUCCCCAUAACCCCCCUGCGGCCACCGCCGCGCCUGCCGGCCAGUCGGGUGCGAACAAUGAUGGGGAGGCCCGUGCGGCCCCGCCAGCUCCAGCAGCCGCCCCUGCCGCCAAGGGCGACGCGAAGGCUACUUCGGCUAAGGGCGAUGCUCCGGCAUCGGCCAAGGGGCCCCCCGGUGGUAACGCGCUCAGGAAGUUGCUCCACGCCAUGGAGUCACAUCGCAGGGACGUGCAGCAGCAUCCAGUCGUCGACGCCGGCCUCUCCGAAACAGCAAGUCGCACCGUCACUCCGCAGGUUGUCGGCACACCGCGCACGCAAAGCAGCAGCUCCACCUCGUCCGGAACCCGGCAAAAGGUCGAAGCCGACGUCGGCCAACGCGACCGCUCCACGCCAGGUGCCUCUAUGGUCGACGUGAUGGCGGAGAAGGGGGUGAGUGCAGCGCUCGCCACCGGCGGCCGAGAAGACAAGCAUGACAAGCAUGCCGGCCUCGCCGCCGUUCUGGCCCAUUUUGAUGCAGCCAGACGCUCCGAGCACGCCCCUGCACUGGCCAUCAUGGAUACGGUGCAUGCGGAGCCGUCGGGGAUCCACGGAGGGGGUUUGGCGGAGCCGACGGCUGCAACGGGUGCUGUCGCCGGCGGAAAUGCGGGACGGAAGGGAAAGGACGACACCGAGAAAGGGAAGGCGGUGUCUCAGAGGAGCACGCGGGCGAUGUCGGCGGGGAAGGAGAAGCCGGCACGGAAUCAGGACAAGACGGGGGGCAAGGACAGGUCUGGCGACGGGCAGGGGUGGGUGGGCGAGAUGAAGUUUAAGUCCCAGAAUCGGUACAUCGGCAAGUCCCGCGACAAGAUGGAGCUGGCCUACGAGCACGCGAUUGCGUACUUGGUCUACAACGGCUACGUGAGCAAGGUGCUCAUGAAGGAGCUCACCACCUUGACGCCGGGAGAGUUGGAUGAAUGGAAGGCGGUGUGGGAGGAGGUCAAAAUCCUGCCGACCGGGAUGUGGACGGUGAUGUGGGCCAGAGGAUUGUGCCAUCCGAGAGCACGGUUCGACGACAUUCUCAACAGGUGCCGUGGGUACGCGGGUUCGGGUGAUGCGCUUCAUGACGUGCUCGCGCCGGCGAUCUGGUUCCCCAUCAUCGAGAACACGGAGGAAGGCAUGGCGGAGACCAACGCCAACAUGUCGGCGAUGGUGAAUCGCGUGUCGAUGUGCGCGGCGUAUGGGAAGGUCGCGGCGAGAGUCGCGUGUAAGAAGGUCGAUGCGAGCGUGGAGGGGAAGGAGGGAGAGGAGGCGGGGAUGGAAGGCGCGGAGGGGAAGGCGGACGAGAAGGAGGAGAUGGCGGGCCAGGCGUUAGCAGCAGCUGCAUGCGCCCUCUGGUGCUUCGUCGAGACCGGGGCGUCGCCGCUCGGUGCUGUGGGCGAAGGGAAGGCGGCCGCGAUGGUGGCAGGUGCGGAGGCGGAGAGGGCCGAGAACUUCAAGAAGGUCAUGCACGCGGUGAUCGACUAUGCACGCAGUCGGAAGGCUCCCCUUGGGGAGGUUGCACAUAACGUCGCGCCAGAGCUGCAGCGCUAUGGAGUGGCCAGGGCCUUCGAGGCGGGAAUUGAGGAAGUCGAGGCCGACAUGAUCGCAAGAGCGACGGUCGAGACCUUGGCGUUCUGGGGAAUGUGCCCCGUCGCCGGGCCCAAGCUGAAAGCGGCGGGCAUCAACGUGCCGUGUGACGCGAAGAUGGAGUACGAUUUGGAGCACAGGGGGAGGAAGGGGGAGAAGGUCAAGCAGGCCAAGGUCAGCAAGGGUAAGAGGAAGCAGCCGGCCAAGAAGGCCAAGCCCAGCACGGAUGCGUAG